GCCGUGGAGCCGCCCUUUUCCUUAUAAAGCCACCCGGAGCCGCGGUAGCCGCCUCUUCCGAAGCGCCGUAGCUAUUCUACUUCUUCGCUUUUGAAUCCAGAAGAAAGAAGAUGGCGCCCAAGAAGGAUAAGGCCGCACCCCCGUCCUCGAAGCCGGCUAAAUCCGGUGGAGGCAAGCAGAAGAAGAAGAAGUGGAGCAAGGGAAAGCAGAAGGAGAAGGUGAACAAUGCGGUCCUCUUUGACCAGGCGAGCUACGAUAAGAUGCUCUCCGAGGUUCCCAAGUUCAAGCAGAUUACUCCUUCCGUGCUCUCCGAGAGAUUGCGGGUUAAUGGAUCACUAGCAAGGAGAGCAAUAAAGGAUUUGAUGGCAAGGGGUGCUAUCAGGAUGGUAUCUGCUCAUGCAAGCCAACAAAUCUACACCAGAGCUACUAAUACCUAGGAGAACUUUAGUCUCCCCAGAGUUUCUAUGAAUAGGUACUUAUUCUGUACUUGGUUAUUGGAUGUUUCGUAACUGAGUAGUUAUCACUUUGGUUUUUGUUGCUUUGUUAAGACAAAGCUCUUAUUUCAGAGUUGAGCCUCAUGCUUCAUUUUGUAUCAAUUUAGUUGGAUAAAUUAUUAUAUUGUUAAUCUAAACAUUCCUAGA